UGCAGAGAGGAACACAAGAAGAAACACCCAUACUCAUCGGUUAACUUUGCAGAGUUUUCCAAGAAUGUUCAGAGAGAUGGAAGACCAUGUCUGCCAAGGAAUAAUCAAAGUUUGAAGAUUUGGCAAAGGGUGAUAAGGUUCGCUAUGAAUGGGAAAUGAAAACUUAUGUACCACCUAAGGAAGAGAAGAAAGGAAAGAAAAAGAAGGACCCAAAUGCACCAAAAAGACCACCGUCAGCCUUAUUCCCUUUCUGCUCGGAACAUCGUCCACAAAUAAAGAGUGAUUCCCCUGGACUGUUUAUUGCUGAUGCAGCACAGAAAUUGGGAGAGAUGUGGGCCGAGCAGACCCCAAAAGACAAACUGUCAUAUGAGCAAAAAACAGCAAAACUAAAAGAAAAAUAUGAGAAGGAUGUUGCUGCAUACUGGGCAAAGGGCAAGGGUGAUGUUGGCAAAAAAGUACCAGGCAGGCCAGCUGCUUCUAAAAAGAAGGUUGAGCCUGAAGAUGAUGACAAGAUUGAGGACGAAGAAGAUGAAGAGGAGGAAGGUGAGGAUGAUGAAGAUUAUGAGUGAAUGCUUUUGCCUGCUGUAUAAAUUGCUCUGAAGCUCAUUCUCUUGCUAAGAAUGUGAACUCAAGUACAGCUCAUUUUGUUAGCUUGGUUAUAUAAAAAAACAAAAAACUGUAGAGACUUGUGUAUAGGUAAAGACAU